CCCGGCGCAUCAAUUCUAUCCUCUCGAUAGCAAAACAGUCAGUCAAGUCAGUUCGUCGAAAGAAAUACAACUACAAGCCCGAGUAUAUACUAGGUAGAUAUACAUAAGAACAGGAAUAACCAUCCAAUCACUCAUCUCCAUGUAUCAUAUAUCUACCUAUUAUCUUCAACUAUCCAACUCCAUUAUUCCAUAUUGCGUAAAAAUUCGUAUCAGGUACCUACCUACCUAUAUCAAUACCAACCUUGGAAUAUCGUACAUCGAUUUCUACAACCAAAGAUUUCGGAUACUGUACUCGGGUUUCGAUGAAUGUCUGUAUAUCUGUAUAUGCUCUCCUCGCCUACCAAUAUACAUACCCAAGUACUCAGGACUCCCAACAUCCAUCCAUCACCUCGCUCACCAUUCCAUUCUCUCAUCCUCAUCCCCAUCCUCAUACAAACAUACAAAUCCAUCUACCUGCAUCCCCUCACCCCCACCCUCGGCCCCAACAUCCGAACCGGGAAUAAAAUCUCCCAUCACCAUUAAUUACCAUUAAUCACCAUUACCAUUACCAUUACCAUAACCUACCUACUCACACCCUCUCCAUUCCCAUCUACCCGUCAAUCAAAUCAGUACAUACACCAGGUAGUAAUGUAAUACACUACACUACUCAGUCAAGACCUACCUACUUCCUUACUCAGUACCUACCCCGUACCUACAUAUACCUACAUACCUAGUAACCACACCACACACCACAUCCUCCCUCAAAUCUACAUGUGAAGAUUGCAAAUCAAAAUUCUAUAUAAAAAUCUGUCUGCUUUUCCAUUCUUGAAAAAAUCGACCAUUGCUCAAAGAUUCCAAUAUCUUCACAUAUAUCUUCACAUAUACAUUCACAAAUACAUUCACAUAUACAUUCACACAUCUACAUACAUACCUACCUACAUAUACAUCCAUAUACCCCUUCAUAUCAUCCGAGCUCCAACUCCAUCCAUUCCCAUACAAUAUUUUCUUCCAGACUUGCUCGGUGUGUGGGGGAUGAUCCACUUUAUCAAUCCAUCUACCCAUCUACCUAUCUGUCAAUCAAACCAUCAUUUUUUAUCUAUGACUCCUUCAAGUGAAUGAUUCAGAGGAAGGAUUUUUUUUCCUCUCUCGGAGGAUUCCAGUUUCUAGAUAGAUUCUUUUAUAUAAAUCAGGGUUGCCCUUUAAACCGCUGGUUGGAUUUCAACAUAUUACAUUAUAUUAUAUUAUACCAUACCAUACCAUAUACAUAAUCUCUAAUUGGAGUCUCCAUCCAAAAUGGCGAACCCCAACCCCAAUCCCAAUUCCAAUUCUAUAAAUCCAGAAACCUCCACCGAAGAAACCUCCACCACCUAUCCAUACCUCCCAUCAUCCAAUCCAACCCACACCUCCAAUCCCGACAAAGAAAUUGCCAGCUCACCCCAUCAUCCCAAUCACUCCGAUCCCGAGCUAACCACCGGCUCCGAGGAAAAAGACACAGCAUUUGCAGAAACGCUAGCGCGGAGAACUCGAACCAAUGGAACCCAAGUGACGACCGCGAGUUGGAGAGCUCUGGGGCCGCCGCCGGAUGGAGGAAUGAAAGCUUGGGUGCAAGUUAUACUCAGUCAUCUUGUCAUCAUGAACACAUGGGGGUUCAUAAACUCUUUCGGCGUCUUCCAAACCUACUACGUCACCAGCCUCAACCGCCCCGCCUCCGAUAUCUCCUGGAUUGGCUCCGUGCAAAUCUUCCUCCUCUUUUUCGUCGGUACCUUUACCGGACGUCUCACCGACGCUGGACAUUUCCGCUCCGUAUUCCUCAUCGGCACCAUUAUCGGUCUCCUCGGAAUCUUCAUGACCUCCAUCUCCACGACCUAUUGGCAAGUAUUCCUGGCGCAAGGAAUCUGCAUGGGUCUCGGUAAUGGCUGUUUAUUUUGUCCUGCUCUUGCAACUCUCAGUACGUAUUUUAGUACCAAGAAGAGUUUAGUGAUAGGGAUUGCGGCUGCGGGAAGUGCAACUGGUGGUGUGAUUUUCCCAAUUAUGGUGCAACAGUUGUUGCCCAAAAUUGGAUAUGGGUGGACGAUGAGGUCGCUGGGUCUUAUUCAAUUAGUGUGUCUUGGAAUUUGUAAUAUUGGGAUUAAGCAGAGAGUCCCCCCGAGGAAGAGUGGUGCUUUGAUUGACUAUCCAUCAUUCAAAGAUGCUCCAUAUGUGUUAUUUGCAAUUGGAAUGUUUUUCAACUUUUGGGGCUUAUACUUUGGUUUCUAUUACCUUGGAACAUACGCAAGAUCAAUCAUCGGAUUGCCACUUGCAGAAUCGAUAAAUAUAAUAAUCAUCCUGAAUGCCGUUGGGGUAGUAGGUCGCGUCCUACCAAACCACCUGGCAGAUCGAGUAUUUGGACCCCUGAAUACACUUAUUCCAAUAGCAAUCAUAGACAGCCUUCUUUGCUUCUGCUGGAUUGCCGUAUCAUCAAGAGGUGGUUUGUAUGCAUGGUCGGUUAUGUAUGGAAUCUGUGCGGCAGGUAUUCAAGGACUAUUUCCAGCCGUUUUGAGUAGUCUUACCACAGACCUGAGAAAAGCUGGCGUUAGAAUGGGAAUGGUAUUUACCGUUGUAAGUUUUGCUGUAUUGACGGGACCUCCUAUCGGAGGAGUGUUAAUUCAAAAGAAAAAUGGGGGAUAUGAGUACGCGCAAAUCUUUGCCGCUGCUGACUUGUUCAUUGGGACUGCAUUCUUGAUAAUGGCAAGGUUAGCGAAAUCCAAGAAGUUGUUUACUAAGAUGUGAGAAGGGUUGAGGUCCAAGCUAGACUGCACUGCUCUUAUGAUUGCGGCUAUUAGUCUGUCUCAUUGUACCAUUAGAUUAGAUAAAUACGAGUACCGGGGCGUUUGUAGUCGGAUGUUUCCGGUAGUUUAAUGAUACCCGCGCUGCGCUCGUUGAACACGCAAGCUAAGAUUAAACCUUCUGGGGUAAACAAGACAUGACUACCUGCAAGCCCCAUCAAACCCAGCCACAAGAGAUGAUUAGGGU